AUGCAUCGUAGACGUACAUCGUCUGUAUCUGCAUGCUUUCAUUCACUUGUUCUUGAUACACAUGUAAAUUUAACUUCACCUGGAAUAUAUUAUAUUCCAAGUAAUUCACAUUUACAUUUUACAUUAGCAUCAUCAUUAACUCCUUAUGAUGUACAACUUUUUUGUGAUUAUCAUUCGACAAAUUAUAAACGUGGAGUUUAUCAUCAAUUGACAUGGUCAUCAAAAAAUGAUGAUCGUUUUGCACAACUUCUUUGUACACGUCCUGGUCCUAUUCAUUAUUAUUUUACAGCUAAAGAUAAAAAAGGCGAAGGCUAUCUUAUCGUUGAACCAUCUCUUGCUAUUUCACCUUCAAGUGAUUCCGAUGAAAUUAUGUGUUUAACUGUUCUAUCUAAAUCACUAGGAAAAAUGGAUGAUUGGGAAUCUCGUUUAGCUAUUGCUUACCAUAGUAAUUAUAAUAUGAUUCAUUUUACACCAAUACAACAAUUAUAUAAAGUAUCAAAUUCAUCUUAUUCUAUAACACAUCAUCAUGAAUUAAAUUUACUAUUUGGUAAAGAUAAAACACAUGAUGAUAUUAAAAAAAUUGUUGAUAAAAUGGCUAAUGAAUGGAAUAUUUUAUCAAUAACAGAUCUUGUUUAUAAUCAUGCAGCUAAUGAUUGUGCUAUACUAGAAAAACAUCCAGAAGCUUCAUAUAAUCUUAUUAAUUCACCACAUUUAAAACCAGCUUUCUUACUUGAUGCUAUUCUUAUGCACUUUACACGUGAUGUUAACGAAGGAAAAAUUGAAAAAAUUCCAGCUAAAAUUGAAAAGGAACAUUUACCAGUGAUCCAAGAUUAUCUUUUGAAUGAAAUAUUACCUCAAUAUGCAUUACAUGAAUUUUAUAUGAUCGAUGUAAAAAAAACAAUUGAUGAGUUUAGUCAAUUAAUUCAAAAUGAAAUUCCAUCAACUUCAAUACAUAAUUAUGAUGAAGAAUAUGCAUUUCGUAUUGAUUAUGGAUCUUAUACUCGUUAUGGUGCACGAAUUAAUCUUAAAAAAGCUCGAGAAAUAUUUUAUCGUGCUGAUCGAACACCUAUGAAAGCAUGUCAAGUUUUAAAUGAUCGUCUAAUGUAUUUAAAUCAUUUAAAAUAUUCUCAAGUUCAAGCAGAUCUUAAUCGUGCUAUUGAAAAUUGUACAAAAGGAUGUGAAUAUCAUUUUUUUGAUCCAUAUGGUCCACAUUUUACGACAAUUUCACCUAAAACACCAUUUACUGGAAAUUAUUUUGCAUAUCCACAUGAGAAAAUUUUUGAAACAAGUCCAAUUGAAGUUGAACAAGCUUAUAAUAAUAAUGAUAGAAAAUUUCUUGAACGUGUUAUGGCACAUAAUGGUUGGGUCAUGAAUGAUAAUCCAUUAAGAAAUUUUGCUGAAGAUACACAAGGACCAAAUGUUUACUUUCGACGUGAAUUAAAUCAAUGGUCUGAUAUUGUUAAAUUAAAUUUUGGUAGUUGUGAAGAAGAUUCACCACAUCUAUGGGCUUAUAUGAAAGAAUAUACAAGAUUAAUUGCUACAACAUUUCAUGGAGCAAGAUUAGAUAAUUGUCAUUCAACGCCAUUAUUUGUUGCUCAAUAUUUAAUGGAUUAUGCUCGAGAAUUAAAUCCAAAUUUUUAUAUUUUGGGUGAAUUAUUUACAAGUAGUGAAACACUCGAUAAUACAUUUAUUAAUAAACUUGGUAUCAAUGCACUUGUACGCGAAUCAUUAAAUGCUCGAUUACCAUGUGAUUUGGGUCAUAUGAUAUGUGGUCAUGGUCGUUUAACAAUUGGUGCACUAUUUCGUUUACAAACAGUUUUACUACCACGCCGUGCACAAGCAUUUUUUUAUGAUCAAACACAUGAUAAUCCAUGUCCAAUUGAACGUCGUUCAUUAGCUGAUGUAUUACCUCGAUCAGCAUAUGUUGCAAUGUCAUGUACACCAACAGGAUCAAAUCGUGGUUAUGAUGAACUUGUUCCACAUCAUAUUGAUGUUGUUCAUGAACGACGAACAUAUGAAAAAUGGACGGAUGAUAAAAAGAAAAAUCUUGUAUAUGCUAAAUCAAUAUUUAAUCGUCUUCAUGCACGUCUUUCAUCGGAUGGAUAUACAAGAAUGAUAGCUGAUCAAUUGUCUUCAAAUACUUUAAUGAUAAUACGUCAACAUCCAAUAACAAAUUCUACUAUUAUUCUUAUUGGUUAUACUGAUACAAUUAAAUUAACAAAUGAAGAAGAAAAAAUUGAACCAUUAAUAAUUCAAGGUACAAUUGAAGAGAUUUUAUUUGAAAUGAAUUUAUCUUGGUUGGACAAUGAAGAUAAAUUAGAUUUAUUUUCUCGUGAUAUUGAUCAUAUUAAUGGUUUACGUGAGAAAGAUUUACAUUUUUAUAUAAAUGAACAUGUAAAAAAAGAUCAAUGUCGUUAUGUUGAAAUAACACAAGAAAAUGAAAAUUCGGUGACAAAAGUUAUUUUUAAUAGAAAAACUUUAUUACCUGGAACAGUUAUUGCAUUUCAAGUAAAUCUUUUAGAAAAUACUAAAUAUGCAUCAAAUGAAUUACGAAAAGAAUUAUUUGAAAAUGAAUUAUCAUCAUUUCGUAUACUUGUAUCGAAAUGUUCACUUGUUGAUUUAAACUUUCUUCUUUAUCGUUGUAAAAAUGAAGAAAAUAAUGAAAUUUAUAUAAUACCUGAACAUGGAUCACUUGUCUAUGCUGGUUUACAAGGUAUUGAAUCUGUAUUAAUUAAAAUGAGAUCAUUAACAACAGAACAAAUGAUUAAACAUCCAUUAUGUAUUCAUUUAAAACAAGGAAAUUGGUUAAUGUUAUAUCUUGCUCAACGUUUAAUUGAUAAUAAACAAACCAAAUCAAUUGGUCAAUGGUAUGAAAAAUAUUUUCAAUACAUUGAAAAAUUACCAAAAUAUUUAAUCCCAGUUUAUUUUGAUAUAUUAAUUCAUCGAACAUAUAAUAUUUGUGUUGAACGUGCAAUUGAUUUAAUGUCAACAACAUUUGUUCAACAAGGUUCAUCAUUUAUUAAAGCUUUAGCUAUGACAAGUGUACAAAUGAUGGGUAUUGUAUCAAAUGCACGUUUACCAAAUUUUGAAGAUAAUAAUAAAGAAAAUGAAUGGCCAUCUAUGGCAGCUGGUUUACCAAAUUUUUCUGAAGGUAUAUGGCGUAAUUGGGGUCGUGAUACAUUUAUUGCUCUUCGUGGUCUUCUUUUAUUAACUGGUCGAUUUGAUGAUGCUCGUCAUCUUAUUAUAACAUAUGGUUCAUGUCUUCGUCAUGGUCUUAUACCAAAUCUUCUUGCUGGUCCUCGUUAUAAUGCUCGAGAUGCUAUUUGGUUUUAUUUAUAUUCAAUUUCUCAAUAUACUCAAUUAGCACCAAAUGGUCAUUCAAUUUUAUCGGAAACUAUACAAGGAAAACCUCUUCAUUUAAUAGUAAAAACAGCAAUUAAUACUCAUUUGAAUGGUUUAUCAUUUCGUGAAUAUAAUGCUGGUUAUCAAUUAGAUCGUGUUAUGUCUGAUGAAGGUUUUAAUAAUCGAAUAGGUGUUGAUUCUAAGACAGGUUUUGUUUUUGGUGGAAAUCGAUGGAAUUCUGGAACAUGGAUGGAUAAAAUGGGUUCAUCAGAACAUGCUGGAAAUAAAGGAUAUCCAGGUUCACCAAGAGAUGGUAGUGCUAUUGAAUUAAUUGGAUUAUCAAGAGCUACAAUUAAUUGGUUAAUUCAAAUGAUUGAAAAAGGAUUUUAUCCAUAUGCUGAACAAAAACAAAUUCUUCAAGAUUGGUUAAAUAAAAUUGAUGAAAAUUUUGAAAAAGAAUUUUGGAUCGAUGAACAUAGUAAUCGAAGUCAUUAUAUUAAUAGACGAAAUAUUUAUAAAGAUACAGUUAAUUCUUCACUUCAAUAUACAGAUUAUCAAUUUAGACCAAAUUUUCUUAUUGCAGCUGUUGUUGCACCUGAAAUGUUCAAUAAAGAUCAUAUCUGGUCGGCACUAUCUCAAGUUGAAUCUCUACUACUUGGUCCAUUAGGAAUAAGAACUCUUGAUCCAUCAGAUGAACAAUAUAAUGGAGAUUAUGAUAAUAAAAAUGAAUCGUCAGAUUUUAAACUUGCACAUGGUUAUAAUUAUCAUAAUGGUCCUGAAUGGGUUUGGAUAACAGGUUAUUAUUUACGAGCAAAAUUAUUAUGGUCACCAGUUGAACAGCGUAAAGAGACUUUAGAACAUGUUCAAGAAGUUUUAGCAAGACAUCGUGAGACAUUAUUUACAAGUGAAUGGAAAUCAUUACCUGAAUUAACAUCAACAAAUGGUUCAUUGUGUCGUGAUUCAUGUCCAGCACAAGCAUGGUCAUCAGCAACUAUUUUAGAAGCUGUUUAUGAUAUACAACAAUAUAAUUGA